AUGGAUCCAUUGCUAGUAAUUGAUUUUCUUGUGGAACAAAAUAAAAAGCUUUGGAAUGAAAAGAUAAAGUUUGAGAAUACUUCCGAACAAAAGUUGAAAAAGUUAGGAAGAUACAAGAAGGCUCUCCUUCAAGAACAAGAAGAAAAGGAAAAGUACAAGAACAAAUGUGAGGACCUCGAGAAGGAUUUGAAAAAGAAUUCCUCAAUGAGAGAAGCCUCAACAAAUUCACUCUCCCUAUCAGUGGAACAAUUGCAAAGUACCGUUGCUCAAUUACAAUUAAAAGCACAGCAGUCGGAGAGUGAACGAAGGAAGAUUUCAUUGUUUGCUGCUAAAGCAAAAACAAAAAUUAAGGAAGUCAAGCUUGAUCAUAAGAAUUUGAAAACUGAUGUUAAAAUGGUUACUAAUCGAUUCCUUGAUGAUUUCCAAUCUCUUUCGACUCAAUUACAAAAGCAAGUUAGUACACAUUGCGAACUUGCUGAGGAUCAAUACUAUAAGUUGGAACAAAAGUUCAGUAACUUUAUGAAAGACAGCGAAGAUCAAGUUAGAGAAACUGCUGGUUACCUCUUGAAGGUUGGUAAGACUGUUAAAUCUUGGAAGAGAAGAUGGUUUGUCUUUAGAAGAGAUUUAACAUUUAGUUAUUUCAAAACUGUAGAAGAUGUUAAACCAUUAGACACUGUUGAUGUAUCUAUGGAAGAUUCAUUGGAUGUUUCUGCUGAUAUUUCUCAAGGAAAACCAUUUGCAUUCAAGCUUGUAACCACAAAUCGAACAUAUUUCCUCUGUGCCACUAAUGAGGACGAAAAGAGAAGGUGGAUCUCAGUAUUAAGGAGAUGGUUCGAAGUUAAUAAGUCUUACUUGGACAAAUAA